CUGAGGGAGACAGAGGGAGAGAGAGAGGGGAGCAGACGGGCGGAAUAAACACAUAAAAAGAGAAAGUUUUAAGCCAUAAAUGCGCUUUUAACAGAAGCAGGAGGAUAUCGAGCGUGCAACAUCAGUGAGUGUCGUCCUCCUGUCUCUCCCCUAGUUCUCUCCUGCACGCACACACCGCCACCCAUUUGUGCCUCAUAUACCGUCACAUCAGCGUUUUAUACUGAAGUCGCUGUGCUCAUCUACCAAAGAAAAUUCUGACACGGAGCACCGAGAUCAGAGUGAGUAAUUAAACAGAUAAGCUACGUCAGAAGACGACACUAAACGCUGCUCAGCAUUGCCUUCUGAGCUUAAGAACCAUCCUUACCAGCAUCUCCCCAUUUCGAAAGAAAUCACAAGCCCACAUUUCAGUAAAAAAAACUGGUCCUUUCUCACUUUCGCCAUGGCCUCCAUCACCAAAUCCUCUGACCUCGAGAUUCCAGACAACCACAAAGAAAGUUGGCUGACGCUGCUUGCUGCAGCGGAGACCUACAGCCAGAAGUCCGGCUGUGACCUGGCCAUUCUGACCGCCAGUAAGAAGUUCUUUCCCUCUGGUGUGGAGGGAGACACGGUGAAGAAGCAUGAGGGAGACGGAGCUCUGCCCCCUGGAGGCAGAAAGUGGGAUUACUCCUAUCAUGUGUGGGGUCAGGGGGCGCUGGCUGAGUCGUCACGGCGGUACUUGGACGACAUUGCUGUGCUCCACUCCACCACGGUGCUGACGGCUCAAAGACACAUCCGGCUCAGCUCUGGAGAGGGAGGGGCUAAACUGGGUGUGGACGUGCCCACUGAUAGGCCGACGUUGAUCGGCGACUCAGGGUCUAUAAGCCCCAGUGCGAGGCUUUACUCUCAGAAUUACCCAUCAAUCUACAGCCAAGCUGCAGGGAUUGGCCAGCCUGUGGUUCAGCAUGGGAAUGGAGAGAGGGAGCGAGACAGGCUGGCUCUAGAGGAGGCAGAGAGGGCGAGAGAGAGGGCAGGCAUCGUGGACCUGGAGGAAGAUGAUGAGGAAGGAGAGGAAGAUGACAUGGAGGGACGGAGGCGCAAUUUAAACGAAUCGACAGGUGUGUUCUCUAUGGAUGAGGAUUCUCUGUCUCGCGACUGUGAGCCUUUCUUCGAGUCUGAUGGAGAAGAGGAGAGCACUGAUGGCUCUCUGAGUGAGGAAGCGCCUCCCCCUCCGCGGGGACUGGCAAUGGGUCACUCUGUGCUGUCGUCUCGCCCUCCUCACCCCAUGGCCCUGGCUCGCUCCCUGCCAGUCUCCGUGCCUGUGUGGGGCUACAGGAACAGCCGCACUCCACAGGGAGAGCCGCACAGCGGAGAACGGGUUGGCUGUGCAGAUCUGGAUCACAUAGCUGCUAGUAUGAAGGCCCUGCUGGCUCCUGCAGCCACGGACGGCACAGAGAUGUUCGGAGCUCUGCCUCGACCUCGACUCAACACAGGAGACUUCUCUCUCAAACACUGAGAGAUCCAGCAAGUGUGUGUGUGUGUGUGGGGAGCGAGAGAGAAAGAAGGUUGCAUGAGAUGCGUUUGCGUGUGAAAGUGGUGCAGAAGGGUUUUGAAUGACACUGACGUGGAUGUAAAUAAGGCGCUGAACCCAAAUCUCUGUUUAUUUCUCUCUCUUUUUUUUUUUUUAUAACUCUUUUUGCCUCUCAGAGAGGAUUCAACGUUAAAAGUGGCAGAACAUUUACCUUUUUAUUCCUGUCUGCGUAGCAGGGCAGAAGGAAAAGUGAAGAUCGUUUUAUUUUAUGGUCCUUCCGCCAGCAGUCUACUGUUGGUCGCUUCACAAUGUGGGCUUUCUCAGCAGGACAGAACUUUUACAAGAUUUUACAAUAUCAGAGUCCUUAAGCUCUUCUCUUCUUGGACCAGCAUGACUUUAGACAUAAGUUGUCUGGCUGACUCAUGAAAUCAUGCUUUGUGGACUCCCCUCUGGUUGGUCAGAGUUUUGGGGCCAUAUUUCUCAGAGCAGCAGUGCUGAACUAGGAUCAGCUGUUGCCUUGUACAGCCUUCUGAAUGUCACUGAAUACACAUAGAAGAGCAGAUCCUGGGUCAGUACGUUUUGUUGUUUUGGUGAAUAUGGGCUCUAAUAAAGGACUUCAGCGUUUCGUUCAUCAGGUCACCUUAAAUAUGUGUUCGUAACUGUUCUUAAACAGUUUAGUUUUGUAAAGUGGCAGCACUCCGAAAAACUUUCUCAAACAAAAUGUGCAAAGUGGAGGGAGAACAAUAUAGUGUUAUUAAAACUGAAGAACAAAAAUGAGAGAAAAUACAGAAAUAUGCGACAGCAAAUGAGGUAGCUAGUACAUUUUGGCAUUGUUACCGUUUCCUUUUAUGUAAGUACAGUGAGCGAAGGCUCAUUGAUGACUUGGGUUAUUCAGUAACACUUUAUUUGAAGGCUACCUACAUAUGGAAUACACAACACAUGCAUAAGCACUGAACAACACAUUUAUGAAGCAGUAUUUGAGUAUUUGUGAUCAGCUUAUGCUAGAAACCGCAAGAUGACGUAAGCUGUCCUAUGAAGUAAAUGACAUUGCUUUGAUAUAAGAGACUUAUAACUAAACAUUUGUUCAAUUUAUAAUACUAUUAUGAAGCAUCAUUGUCAUAGGUCUGCAUGAGUUAAAGUACAAACCCCUUUUGUCAAUACAGUGUCCUUUACUUCAGCUUAUGGGAUCUUGUGAGUACUGGCAUAAGCUGUUCAUAAAGACUCAAAUAUUGUUUGAUUCAGUUCUUAUACAUGUGUUAUGAUGUCUUUUAUUUAAGUAGCCUUCAGAUGAAGUGUUACCUGUUGUGCUUGACCAAUCAUGGUAGUCGUGGCUGGCUAACAGUGAAUGGAAGCUAAGAGAUACUGUACUAUUGUUGGCAGUUCACUUUUGUUCAUUGUUGGCAAUAUUGGCAUUUUUUUUGACUGAACUAUAUCUUGAAUUCUGGAACUGUGCCUGCCAGUAAAGUGGGCUUCUCAGUUCACAGCUUCAGAUACAUUAAUGAAAUGCAUUACAUUAACACAGCUGUCUUUGUUUGUGCUGAUGUAAUGUACUUAACUCAUUUGUAUCAAAAUUGUAUCAAAUUUGAAUCAAGUCAUUUUAAUGCUUCACUUUUUUCAGUGCACCGCAGUGGCUCAAAGACCAGUUAUGUGGACUCUGUGUACUGUAGCUUUUUGUUUUUUUAAGCUCUCAUGUACCUGGGGUUGUUUCACAAGCCAACUUUUUUUUUUUUUUUUUUUUUUUUUUUCCCCCAAGUCAGUCCAGUGAGUGAAGAGCUAAGGGUCAUUUAUACUGGGCGUUCCUCACUUUGGACCAGCUUUAAUGAAAAAGCCUGCUCAUCUGGUACUUAUUAAGCUGAAUAUGGAGAGGAUUUUGUGGUAAAGCUGGACUCUUUGAGCCAAAAGUCAGUAGCAAAGUGAAUAGCAGUGGCCCUAAGCUCUUCUCCUGUUGGAUAAGCUUGACUCUUGGCUUAAGCUGUCUGGCUAACUGAGAAAUCUUUUCUUGUGAAACCUGUGCCAGGUGUUUUAGAGCAGGAGAACACAAAAACAUGCAGUGCACAGGUUCCUCAGGACUUCAAGCCAGUGCAGUCACAUGUGCAGUAAUGCACUGAAUUCACUUGAUUUAAUUCUUCAUGAAUGAAACGUAUUACAUCAACACAGUUCUUGCCAAAAGUACGUAAACCUUGAGACAAAAUUGUGUUGAUGUGUUUUAUUUAUGUGUAAAUUCUGAACACGUUUUAAGGCAUUUUUCAGAGAUGCACUCUAGCACAGCAUGUCUCUUCACGUUCAGGCUUACGCUGGUGUGAGGGCCAUAAAUACUGUGAUACAUCGACACUAACCAAGCGAUCACAUACCGUCUCGUCACUGAAUGCUAGUCUGCCAGUGUAGCUGGGAUUGUGUGGAUGCUGAGACUGUAUGAAGCUAACUGCAAACUGAGACAGACUGACACUGACCUUCUUUUUGGGCAAGAGCAUUUUGAGACUGUUGGUAAACACUAUUAAAACUGUACACUACAUUUCUAAUAAAGGACACGUUGCUUAUGAUGGGUAGGCAUACUAUAAAUGAUUAAAGGAGUGCUCCAGUGUUUAACCUCAUCUCUAUGUGCAGCAUCUGUUUUGUGUGGUUACUCAUAGAUUUUAUAGUAUAACUUUGUGCCUAGAAAAGGACGGAAAGCUUAUCAAAGCUCAAUUAUAAUAGAAAUCAUUGGGUGGUUGGGUGACAAUGUUUGAAAUGCGUUCAUAUGCAAAUGUUUAAAGAGUAACUCCACCCUAACACCUUUUUUUUUCCAUUAACAGCUGAAAUGCACUGCUCUAUAAUAAUAAAACACACCAGCCUUGCUUGAAAUGUGAAGACAUCUUUCAUCAUAGUUUUCUGGUGAGAAUCAAUAAUGUGCUGUUACUCUUGUCCAUCUUAAUCGUCCACAUGCUACAGAUGCCGCAGAUAGACGUGACGUUUAAAAAAAAACUGGAAUAGUCCUUUAAGGAAAUCACUUGCUUGUACGCACACAGACACACUGACGAUUAAAAAUGGUCGAAUACUGACAUUAAAAUCUCAAAUUGUGAAUCAGUGCUUUCCAGUGUAAACCGUCUCCCCAGGGCUGAGCGCUUUAGUCGAGAGGACAUGAAUGUUGGUGUUGCACCUUCAGACUCAGUUCUAACCGAUGUGAGCCGGAGACGCUCCAGUAGUGGGCACAGGAACAUACAAUGGCAACUUUGUCAAUCUUCAACAUGUCAGAUCUGUUAAGUGUUCAAGCAAAUCCGUUUUGAAUAAACCAGCUGUUUGUUGUUGGAACGA